AGCUCCAGACCCCGCACUCCGCGCACACAGACCCGGGCUCUGCGUUGUUAUCGUUGCCCCCCCUCCACCACCACCACCACCGCCGCCCCUCCUCCUCCGCACUCGGUUCUCGUUCGCGACCCAUCCAGCACCUCCAACCCAACAGGAGCAGAACGGCCCCGUCUGUCCGACUGCAGGAAUCAGCAUGUCUGCUCAGCCCGGCGAGGAGCUAGGCUCGGACGGGAGGUGGUUCGGGGAUGACCGUGAGAGGAACGGCCUGUUCGGGGAGGAAUUCAAGCAGAGGGGCGGCGAUGCGACGGCCGACCUGGAUCAUCAACGAUUUCAUCCUUUCCAGGAGGACGGGGAAAGGCCUCCCGUUGCUAUGGAAACUGCAUCCACAGAUGAUCCCAUGUCUGGCCUGUUUAGGAAACCCAUGAUGGACGACGGUGACGUGUACACCUCCCUGCUGUCCAAUCAGAGCUUCACAGCCAGCCGGGAAGCCUCCUACCUGUCGGACGACCUGAAGCCCUCAAACCACUCUCCCUCAUCUGCUCUGGAUGACUUCACCACCGACACCUAUAGCUUCACCUCCAAAACCAAGGCGUCCAACUUAUCCGACAACAGCCCAAAAUCACUGCUGGGCUCCGACAAGACAGAAUCCUACAACUACAUGGAUAUCAGCCAUGGGGAGGAGCAUCAUGGCAGCAGGGGCUCAGCUGACCAUGACCUACUGGGGAGCUACAUGGAUAAAAACCCUGGAGGAGAUGAAGAAGAUGAUGACGAGAACCUCGGUCCAGCACUAGGUUCCCACUCCUUCCCCUAUGUGGAGGAUCCAUCUGACGAGGAAAUGAAUGACUUCCGCUCCUUCCGCAAUCUGGGCGGCACCCCCCAGUCGGCCAGCCCAGUAAAGAUCACCCUGACUGGGUCCCAACCUGCUAAAGCUGAGCCCCAGCAGCUCCCCCCUCUGGUCGGCGUGUCCGAGCGUGAAAACGUCCUGAGUGUGGGUCAGCAGGGUGUUCCCACAGUGACCCUGUCGGAGCCAGAGGACGACAGCCCCGCCUCCACUCCUAAUGCUUCCCCAACAAGAAAACAAUUUUCCUCUGAGGAGAUGUUCAAGGUUGAGUCUGGAAAGCCUGCAGCCUUCAGAAGCAACCCUGGCCCACAACCCAGCAGCAGGGACAACGAGGGCAGCAGUGCAGAGUCCGGAGACUCUGAGAUCGAGCUGGUCUCUGAAGACCUUCCCAAGGCCAGUAGCAACCCAUUUACUGAGGCUCCAAAGGGCAAGGGUACCUCCAGCCUGCCCAGCAACCCCUUUGAUAGCCCCCCUGUUACCAAGGCUGGCAUUGGCCUUGCUGGCGGCCCUGCCCCACCCACAGCCUACAGCAUUUUAAGGGAGGAGAGAGAAGCAGAGCUUGACAGUGAUCUCGUCAUCGAGUCUGCCUCUGAAGAGAGCCCCAAGAGGGAGCAGGGCGUCGGAGGCCCCAAACAGGGAGCCAUCCCUCCAUCGCCUCUGGUCUCCUCCACCAGCCCUCCCCGCAGCACCCCUGAGGCUGCGCCAGUCCAGCCACUGAUUUCUGAAAAGGCCAAGAACCCUAUCAAAGCAGAAGAGGAUCGUCCCAGCAAGCCUAAGCCUCCAACCGCUGCUGUGCCUCCAGAGGUGAGAUCAGAAAAGCCUCAGCAGGAUGACACGCCCCUCCAGCAGGGUAAGGGAGAGCUGGGAAAGCCUGCUGUAACCAUGAUGUUGGAGGGCUUCAACAAACAGAAAGCAAUUGACCUCCUCUACUGGAGGAACGUGAAGCAGUCUGGUGCCGUGUUCAGCAGCGUCCUCCUGCUCCUUUUCUCCCUGACCCAGUUCAGCGUCGUCAGUGUCGGGGCCUACUUAGCUCUGGCGGCGCUCUCUGCCACCAUCAGCUUCAGGAUCUACAAGUCUGUGCUGCAGGCCGUGCAGAAAACUGAUGAGGGACAUCCUUUCAAGGCUUAUCUGGAGAUGGAGAUCUCUCUGUCUCCGGACCAGAUCAGUAAAUAUGCCGAUAAGAUCCUGCUGUAUAGCAACACCUGCAUGAAGGAGCUGCGCAGGCUGUUUCUCGUACAGGAUCUGGUUGACUCUUUGAAGUUUGCAGUUCUGAUGUGGCUGCUGACCUAUGUGGGUGCACUCUUCAAUGGACUGACACUGCUCAUCCUAGCUGUGGUGUCAAUGUUCACCUUGCCGGUGGUCUAUGAAAAACAUCAGGCGCAGAUUGAUCAAUAUGUGGGAUUAAUACGGACCCAGGUCAACUCUGUGGUGGGAAAGAUCCAAGCGAAGAUCCCCGGGGCCAAGAGGAAGGAGGAGUAAUCCUGUCCGUGACACCUUGAAGCUGACGGUCCAGUCCAGCACCGAGUCGGGUUCCCGGCUGAAGGGCCCGAUCAUCAUCUGUGGGGCGUAGUGCUUUGUCAUCUUGGUGUUCUCUAAAAGCAUCCACUGGGGAAGCCUUCACCCUGUCUAUAGCAGUCUAACACUAACACACAGUCACAGUAUGUGCAUAAUCCUGCUUCUAGGUAGAUGACUACACAGCUCAAAGACAAAAAAAGAACCUGUUUGUGUUGCUUAUUAUGAAGUGCAUGAAAUCGAGCCUUGGGUAAAUAAUAUUUGAUAUCUUUUGUGAAGUUUUGAAAUCACGCUACAUUUUUGCUUUGCAGUGCUAACCACAAGUUGUAUGGUUUGGCCCAAAGAGGCUGAAAGCCCACAAACCUCCUCCGCUGCCAGUGUUGAAUACUGCUUCGUGUCUCAGUUAACAUUCGGGGCUUUUAUCAGUAUGUCAAUAUAUAUAUAUAAAUAAUUUCCUUUUGGUGUUUCCAAGCACAAGAUAAUUUACGGUAUGCGUGUUAGAUGUGGUAACUGUAGGGGUUUUGCUCUUUGUAAUAACCAUAAGGAACAACACACACACUCACAUUAGGUACUGUUGUACAAGUAUGAAGACAAGGAGUAUCGGUUGAUAUGAAGCUUGUUUGAAUAACUGUCCAACUUUGUAUUUCGUUCAGCUAUACUUGGUAGUUCUUUAGACCCUGGACUCUAACUAUUUGCACUUACAGUAUGUAUUUAAUUACAGGAAUAAAAAAUAAAUGUACCUUGAUGUAACGUCUCCUGUG